GUUUAUUCAUCAUUUAUUUUUUUGAAGGAGAAUCGUUCAGAAGUCUCUCUUUCCAGUAUCGUAUGGGAGAACGAACGAUAUCUAAUAUUGUACUUGAAACAUGCCAGGCAUUGUACAAAUCAAUGAAACAAAAAUUUCUUACAAUACCGUUGACAGAUAAUGACUGGCGUAAAGUUGCUGAUGGUUUUCACAAACAAUGGAACUAUCCAUGCUGUGUGGGAGCAAUAGAUGGAAAGCAUAUAGCCAUACAACAACCACCACACAGUGGCUCUGAGUAUUUUAAUUACAAACACUAUUUUAGUGUCUUGCUUCUUGCCCUUGUGGAUGCAAACUAUAAAUUCUUAUUUGUGGAUGUUGGGGCUACAGGGCGAGCUGGGGAUGCCGGUGUGUUUAAAAAUUCAUCAUUAAAGAAAGCUUUAGAUGAUAAUUGCCUUCAACUACCACAAGCACAAGCAAUUGAAGGAAUCCAAACAAAGAUCUGUUAUCAUAUCAUUGGUGAUGAUGCAUUCCCAUUGAGAACAGAUAUCAUGAAACCUUAUCCUCAUCGAUAUCUGGAUAAACCAAAACAAAUUUUUAACUACAGACUCUCACGAGCAAGACGUGUAGUUGAAAAUGCCUUUGGCAUUUUAGCCAACAGGUUUAGAGUAUUUCUGACAACUAUCAAACUUGACCCAGAAAAAGUUGUUGACAUUACCUUGCUGCUUGCAUAACUUUAUGAUAGAGAAGAACAAGAAUGAUUAUGUCAAUUUUCGGGAUCAUGAAGACACUGAAAACCAGGUACUUAUACAAGGCCAAUGGAGAGAGAACU